CCUGGAUGCAGCAAAUCGUAUGGUUAAUUCGCAACAACGCUGAUACCGAAAUUGAUAAAGACAAGCCACUUUCAUGCCGAAUUCCUUUUCUUGAAACAGUAGACACUGGAGAUAAUGUGGCAUUGGGUAUACAAACGCUUGAAAAAUGGCCAAAAGAUAAACAUAGAAUAAUAAAAACUCAUCUUCCAUAUGAACUGCUUCCUGAGGAAACUCAAUCUGACAAAAAAUACAAGAUCAUUUAUGUUGCACGGAAUGCAAAGGAUGUCUGCGUAUCUUUUUACUUCUUUCAUAUUAUGAAUUUUCUGAUGUUUCCCGAUCCAGGAACGUGGAGUGAAUUUUUAGCAAAGUACAGUACUGGAAAAGUAUUGUUUGGAAGCUGGUUUUCUCAUGUUCUCAAAUACUGGGAGAAAUCUCAGUGCGAUAAAGAACGUAUCUACUUCACAACUUAUGAAGCUAUGAAGAAAGACUUGAAAGGUGAAAUAAUUGCAGUAUCGAAAUUUCUGGAAAAGAAUCUUACGGAUGAACAAGUAGAUUUGAUAUUUACACACUGCACAUUCAACAGUAUGAGCAAAAAUAAAGGUACAAAUUACACUCAUGUCAAAAAUGCCUUGGAUUUCAAUAAGUCCAAGUUUAUGAGAAAAGGUGAAGUUGGCGACUGGAAGAAUUACUUUACAUUGAAUGAAAAUGCGGAUUUUGAUGAGCUCUACAAUGAAAAAAUGAAAGAUAGUGAUCUUGACAUCUCAUUCGAACUGUAAUGCGCCAAUGAAAGUUGCAUCUCUUCACAGUGGUCGGUCAUUGAUAUCGAGUUAUUGAUAGAAAAUUUCACAUGUUUAAUUUAUACGUCCUUACAUAAAGUUUUUUUUGUCAUAUUUGAACUAGUACUUUUGUGUGGUAUUGAACUCGCUCGAUCGAAUUAAAAAAAAUAGAUUGCUAACACUUUACUGUUGACAAAGCGUUGUCUCUUUGUUUUCGAAGUCUCA